GCGUGAGGGGAGUAAAGUUAGACACCUCUGCCACUAUCUAUUCUCGGUUAACACGUUCGCGGACAGUAGAAAUCUCAAUACAUCGGAAAAAUAGGAAAAAUAUAAAUGCCGUACUCCGAAAGUUAAAGUGAAUAAUAAUUAGAAAAAUUUAAUGGUACAUAGAAUGAAAUUCACGACAAUGUGGCUUCUAAAUUUGAAUGUUCUGGCAUUCACGUGAUUUUGUAUGGCAAUGAAGAUGAAUGCUAUAGCAUUCACGUCGACGAACGUGUUAAGGCUGUUCUCAACGGAAAUAUCACCAGGCGUUGCGAACGUAACCGAGGAUUAUUUGAACAGUGGAAACGCAUGCGUUGAGUAUAUUCCGUGGCGGCGGCAUCAACAGCGCGCUCUAAAAACAGUCGAGCCGAAGAUGGCGACGUGCGAGUGGCGGUGUCGGUUCGGUAUUUAAGAGAAAGGACCAUGUUGUUGCUGCAGUGUUCGCAGUCUUUCCGUGAUUCGCGUUGAGUUCGUGCAAAUGUAGGAAUGUCAGAGGCUAAACGGGUACCUUUGCAGACCUUGGAGUUUCCGGAGUCCUUGGGCUACGCCGCGAAGAACGAGAAAAAGGGGGAAAAGGGCAAACAGCUCGCGCCCUCCUUCCGCUUCGUACUCACCCUGCCAGAGUCGAACGAGAAGGCAUGUCCUGAGUUCAACUAUGCACAGCUCCUCAAAGCAGAAGAGAAAAAACGUAGGAAAGAUGUUAAACAAGAAAAUACAAGCAACGGUCUCCCGUUCGACGACGACGGUGAUGACGAUGAAAAAAUUCGCGACAUGGCAAGGCGAUUUGAAGCGAAAUAUGGAACUUCAACUACAGGAAGGAAGAAGAAAAAGUACGAUGAUUAUGUGGAUCUGGGUGCAGGAUACGAUGAGAAUGAUUCUUUCAUCGAUAAUACUGAUGCUUACGAUGAAAUUGUACCGGAAGAGAUGACUACAGCUCAUGGAGGUUUUUAUAUCAACUGCGGACCACUUGAAUUUAAGUCAGCGGAUCACCACACCUUGGUUCACAACAAUAACAACAACAACAAUAAUAACAAUAGUAAUGAUGAAGAAAGUAGUGAAAGCAGCGAAGAAGAUACAGAAGAUGUGGAUAGUCCAAAGAGAUCGGACAAACGAAAUCAUAGUUCAUCGGAUGAAGAAGAAGCUGAGGAUAUUACUGGUGAUCAACCAAGAAAGAAACAAAAGGUAGAUGAAAAUGGUGAAAAGAAGUCUGCCCAGGAAAAUAUUGUCAAAAAGAAAAAGAAACAGCAAAAUUUACCAGAACAACAAAAUUCUCAGCAAGAUGGGGAUACUUUAAAUAAACGAAAAGAAAAAGGGGAGACUACGGAUGCUGAAGGUUCAGAAGAUCAAGAAGAAAAGAAAAAGUCUGACAACAAAGUGACUGAUUUACAAAAAAGUAAAAAUAAUACAUCGGAUAAAAAAUUUGAUAUAAAAAAAUUUGAAAAGAAGGCAGCUAAUACAAAUGGCUUUGAUGGGAAGAAGUCGGAUCUAACAAAGUUAAGCGGCAAAGAUAGUAAUAUUGAUGACGCGAUAGAGAGUGUAGUUAAUGCUGCGAGGGUUGAGGACGAAUCGAGUGGUGAUACUACCGAUUCUGGCAAAUCCCGAUGUAUAGGUACGGAAUCGGAGUGCGACGAUAUCGAUAAAGAAACACCUUUACCUGACUCCCUUCCAGAGAAUGUUGUAGAAAUAGUAAAUAAAUUAAAGGCACAAGCUGAAAAUAGCAAAGAAAGAAAGACUAAAUUUUUCAAUUCGACAGUAACUACGUUAUUGUUAAGUUUAGAGAAAAGGUUAAGAGCUCUUUCUUCCCCGAGUCUAAGGUUAGAAACAUAUGGACACCUCGCGCGAUUCUUACCGUGUAGUAAAAUGGCACUACAAAAUAGAGCAAAGAAAUUGUAUGUAGAAGAUGUUGAAUGCAGUGUCGGUGAACUUGUACGAAGGUUAAAAGACGUUAUUAAUAAAAUAAUGCCAUCCGUGGUGUGCAAAUAUCUUGAUGAGUGUCAAAAGGUUGCUGAAGGAAAUCCUCAUUUAUACUGGGAUAUAUACCGGUACUGUUGGGAAAUGGACGGAUCACCCGCCGACGCUGAGAGUUCCGACGAAGAAGACAAUUGCGAGAACUUAGAUAAAGCUAAAAUUCCGAAAAAGUCUUUCCCCUGGACGGAGGAAGCAAAGAAACUUGUUUAUGAAAUCGCGAAUGCACAAAGGCAAAUUUAUAAUGUUUUAAGACCGAGGAAAUUAAGCAUGUAUAGUUUUGUUGGAUCAUUCUUGUUGCGAACUGUAUUACCCUUAUGGCCGAGAGGAUACAUGACGCCAGCGACUUUGUUAAAGUUUGUUGACGAUUCUGAGCCUGUCACAAAGAAGAAACAGAAGAAACUGAAAGAUGUUGGCAACGGCAGCACUACAACUGCGGCUGGAAAUGCAGUGUAUAAUUCAGUUGGAAAAGUGGAAGCGAAUAGUAUCCUUUCUCAAGAGAGGGAAAAAUUAUCAGUGAGUGUGGCGAAAGGUCAAAUUCCCGGGGACGGUUCCGCCAACUAUGUGAAACAAGGGACUGUUAAAUUAAACGAUAAUAUCGAGAAGAAACAGCAGAGUGUGAAACACAAGGAGAAGAGUAAAGAGAUAAUUAAUUCGGGGCAGCAACACGAAGGUUUGACAGUUGCUACCAAUAAUUCCACUGUGGGUAAAAUCUCUGUCGUGCCUACAGCUCAAUUGAUGGCUUUAAAGCCGGUUAAAUGUCAUGUAGAGAAGAUUAAUUUGAUGGAGUUAGGUAAUAGUUCACUUUCUAUCACACCUGUUAGCGAGUUCCAUAAGUCAUCCACAAAAGUGAAUGAGAAUAAGAAAGAUGUAGUUUCUAUUACGGCUUAUCCUGAAACGUCGAACGUUCUUCCAAAUACAAAUGAAGUGCCUCAGAGUGGACAUCAUUCCGUACACAGACAAGAUGCUUCAUACUCGUGUUCACAGCCUCAGCAUUCUAAUUAUUCAACGUCGAAUCAAACAUCCCCCCAUUCGAAGUCUGUAUCUCUGAAGCACAGGUUGCUGCAUGAGAAUACCGAAACCAACAAGAACGAUAAGAAACCGGACGAGAAAGACGCCGAUGCGAUUAAUAAGACUGAAAAGAGGGAUAAGAAGCGGGAACGGGGCGUGGAGGUUAAGCACAAAUCAAAUGACGUUAAGAGACGAAAGAAGGAUGCGAAGGUAGUGGAAAAGCAAAUAGGGCAUAUUAGUGCAGACGUAGUGCCUAUGCAACAGCAGCAACCGUCUCUCUCGAAGGAGGAGCAGGAGCAAAGACAAAACGAGGAGACGAUCGCUGCUACCAAUUACUUGAGUCAGAUGAUCAUUAACGAUGAUGCGACCCCCAGAGGUGUGACGGACAAACGGAAAGACGGUACUCUUCUUUUAGACGAGCCUGUAAGUAACACUGUACAGCCAACGGAACAAGAGAAAGACGUUCAAAUGGUUAUGAGAUCUUUAAAAGAGCUCCAAGAGUUGCAAGAAAUGAAAUACUCGCCGAGCAAUUCUCCGGUCGGCACCAACAUCCAGAAACCUAUCAAGUCGAAUGCGCAAUGUACUUCUUACCAGGACGACUACUCACGACUGUAUCUUAAAAAGGACGUGAAAAUGAAGUCUAAAGAAGAUUCACAAUGGUAGUAGUAAUAUCAACAGAUACCAUGCACCGUAGACGCAAAUUACAUUUGAACAGAACUAAGGAAAGCCAGUGGUCAGAUAAUAAUUUUCAUAGAGAUCUAUAAAAGGCGGACGUUUCAGUAAAUCUACAUUAUUUUUUAUGGAGACAAAUGAGCGUGGAACUGAUCAGAACUUCUUCCAUUACUACAAUGCCGCGUCACUGUUGAUGACCAAGAGGGAUAAAGAAAGAAAGAAAGAAAGAAAGAAAGAGAGAAAAAAAAGAAGUAAAAUGAAAUAUAAAAUAGAAACCGCAAAGCAGCUGGUAAAUAGUGUGCCGCGAUCAUAUUGUAUCGCAUACGAUUUUUAAGUAUUUUAACGAACCCGCCAAAUUCUGUAAAUAUAUAUUGAAUUCUUUCGUAGUUAUUUGAAGAGAAACGAUAAAAGAAAAAAAUGAAUGAAAAAUGCGCGUGUACAGAGUAAGUAUAAAUUAUGGAAGUAUGUUAAUCGUAUAGGCACUUGUAAAUAAGUUAUCGUCCGUUCAUCGCCGUGAAUGGAGUUGGUCUCUGUUGAAGAUCUGAGUUUCUUUAUUUUCAAAAAUCCGAGAUAGCGAGUCCGUUGCCCGACAACCAUAGAAAAUGCGAGUCUACCAGCGACUGGAACAGAGUUUGUUUUCGGUACACCGCGGGUUCGCGCCAGCUCGUUGCUCGUAUCGUUUCUUUCACUGUGAAACUUACUUGUAAAGCGCUUCUUUUUUAUUUUCACGUACGUACUGCCACGGUAUGGGAGGGGUGCGCUAAACCUUUGUUACGUAGUAUACGUAUAGUUUCCGUAGAUUCCAAUAACACGUAGCCACCCUGAGUCAUCGAGCGAGAGAGAGAGAGAGAGAGAGAGAGAGAAAGAGAGAAAAAGAGAGAAAAA